AUGCCUUCAAACACUGCUAAUUCUUUUUACAAAAUACAGAGACAGUUGUUUGCGCGGAGCGAGAGAGUCAAGGGGAUAGAUUUCCACCCGGUUGAGCCUUGGAUCUUGACCACCUUAUAUAGCGGUCAUGUCUACAUAUGGUCCUACGAGACUCAGGCGAUUGUCAAGACUUUCGAAUUGACAGAUGUUCCAGUCCGAGCUGGCCGCUUCAUCGCGCGCAAGAACUGGAUUGUGUGCGGCUCAGAUGACUUUCAGCUGCGAGUAUACAACUACAACACCUCCGAGAAGAUCACCUCAUUCGAAGCGCACCCCGAUUACAUACGAGCCAUCGUCGUCCACCCCUCUCAACCCUUCGUCCUUACCGCUUCAGAUGACAUGACUAUCAAGCUAUGGGACUGGGACAAGGGAUGGAAAUGUGUGCAGAUUUUUGAGGGCCACAGCCAUUAUGUUAUGGGUCUUGCGAUUAACCCCAAGGACACGAAUACCUUUGCAUCAGCAUGUUUGGAUCGGACAGUCAAGAUUUGGAGCUUGGGAUCAUCGACGGCGAAUUUUACACUUGAAGCACAUGAGACGAAGGGUGUCAACCACGUUGACUACUACCCUCAAUCCGACAAGCCAUAUCUCCUCACUACAUCGGAUGAUAGGACGGUGAAGAUAUGGGAUUACACUACGAAGUCAUUGAUCGCCACACUAGAAGGCCAUACUAGUAAUGUUUCUUUUGCAUGCUAUCACCCCGAAUUACCUGUCAUUAUCUCCGGUUCCGAGGACGGCACGGUCAAGAUAUGGCACGCCAACACCUACAGGCUCGAGCAAUCACUGAACUAUGGUCUGGAGAGAGCUUGGUGUGUCAGCUACCAAAAAGGCAAGCAGGGUGUUGCUGUGGGUUUUGACGAAGGUGCUGUGGUUGUAAAGAUGGGACGAGAAGAGCCAGCAGUAUCGAUGGAUAACUCCGGAAAAUUGAUUUGGGCUAGACAUAGCGAAGUUGUGUCGUCAAUAAUCAAAGGUGGUGAUGCUUCUUUGAAAGACAGCGAUCCCAUCUCUCUCCCUACAAAAGAUCUCGGAACGUGCGAAGUAUACCCACAAACCCUCCUCCACUCCCCGAAUGGUCGUUUUGUUUCCGUCUGCGGUGAUGGGGAAUUUAUCAUUUAUACAGCCCUAGCAUGGAGAAAUAAGGCUUUUGGUUCGGCGCUCGAUUUUGUAUGGGGAUCGAAAGACAAUAGCAACGAUUAUGCCAUCCGCGAAUCUGCGACGAGCGUCAAGAUCUUCAAGAAUUUUGUAGAGAAAGCUGGCGGACUCGAUGUUGGCUUCCAAGCCGAGGGUUUGACGGGAGGCGUCUUGCUUGGUGUUAAGGGUCAAGGCGGUGUUGGUUUCUACGAUUGGCAGACUGGUGGCUUGGUUCGGAGGAUUGAGGUUGAUCCAAAAGAGGUCUACUGGUCCGAAAAUGGCGAACUUGUUUCGAUUGCUUGCGAAGAUACUUUUUAUGUUCUCCGAUUCUCGCGAGAUAACUACAUUUCUGCUGUUCAAAAUGGAGAAGUCGAAGAUGAUGGAGUAGAAGCAGCUUUUGAAGUGGUCACUGACAUCAAUGAGAGCGUCCGUACCGGAGAAUGGGUCGGCGACUGCUUCAUCUACACCAACAGUACGAAUCGUCUGAAUUACCUAGUCGGUGACCAAACGUACACUAUCUCCCAUUUCGACCAACCUACGUACCUCCUUGGCUAUAUCCAGCGAGAUUCGCGGAUUUACCUCGCCGAUAAGGAUGUCAACGUCACUUCUUUUGCCCUUUCGCUUUCCGUUGUCGAAUACCAGACACUUGUCCUCCGUGAUGACAUGGAAUCAGCGGCCGAGCUUCUUCCUUCCAUUCCCCAUGACCAGCUCAACAAGAUCGCACGUUUCUUGGAAGGCCAAGGCCACAAGGAGCUCGCUCUCGAGGUUGCCACAGACUCGGAACAUAAAUUCGAGCUAGCACUUGGCCUCGGACACUUGGAAAUUGCAUUAGAGCUUGCAAGAGAAGCGAAUGCGGAACACAAGUGGAAGACCGUUGGUGAUGCGGCUCUUGCAGCCUGGGACGUUGCACUCGCGGCGGAAUGUUUCAAGAAUGCUAAGGAUCUUGGCUCAUUACUGCUGCUUCAUUCUUCAACAGGCGAUAGAGAAGGACUACAGGCAUUGAGUCUACAGGCUCAAGAGGCAGGCGCGCAUAAUGUUGCUUUUACCUGUCUGUGGCAACUUGCUGAUGUAGAAGGUUGCAUCGAUCUCCUUACCAGGACUGGGCGCACAGCGGAAGCGGUGUUGUUCUCACAGACGUACAAGCCUAGUCUUACCGUCAAGACGGUGGGCUUGUGGAAGCAGAGUUUGGAGCAGGAAAAGAAAGGCAGAGUAGCGAAGACGGUAGGUGUACCCGGUGAGGACGAGGAGUUGUUCCCCGAAUGGGAAGAAUACUUGAAGCUGGAAAGUGAAGGGGGUGUCAAUCUCAUUGAUGUCAAUGGCGAUGUGGAGGACGUUAAUGGCGAUCCUGCGGAUUCUGAAGAAGUCGAAGUAGAGGCGUAA